AUGGCGCCAUUUCCCUCCCCAACCGCGGUAUGGCACGACAAAGCCUACCCGGAAAUAUCCCCCUCGCGCCCCGAACUAUCCGCGCACGGGAGAAACAUCCUCAUCACUGGCGGAGGUACCGGCAUCGGCGCCGAGACCGCCCACCGCUUCGCCCAAGCCGGUGCUGCCCGCAUCGCCCUCCUCGGCCGCCGUGAACAACCUUUGCUAGACACCAAGAUCUCGAUCCAGCGGGACUUCCCCGGCGUCGAGGUCUUCACGGCCCCCACGAACAUCACCCGCCAGAGCGAGGUCGAUGCCGCCUUCAACCAGUUUCUCGGCCCUGAAGGCCGGCUCCAUGUCCUGGUGAGCAACGCGGGGAUGAUCGGCCCCAUGGUGCCGGUGGCCAACGCCCCCGGCGAACAGGCCCUAGACGCCAUCCAACAGAACCUGCACGGUGCGUGGUGGGUGGCGCAGGCGUUCCUGCGGUGCGCAGCGCCCGACGCCGCCGUCAUCGAGACCUCCUCCAGCGCAGCCCACGUCAACUUCGGGCCCGGGUUGGCCCCGUACAGCGUCGCCAAGAUGGCGGUGUUCCGGUUGUGGGAUGCCGUCGGAUUCGAGAAUCCGGGGUUGCGCGUGUAUCAUGUGCAGCCCGGGGUGGUGGACACGGCGAUGAACCGCGAGGCGGGGGGCAUCGAGGCACUCGGGUUUGAGGAUCAUGUGGAUCUGCCUGCGAGCUUCUACGUUUGGCUGGCCAGCCCCGAGGCAGAGUUUCUGAAGGGCAAGUACCUGUGGGCUAAUUGGGAUGUGAACGAGCUCAAGCGGAAUGCGGAGAAGAUUCAAUCUACCCCACGACUGAGCAUUCAGCUGGGCGGGUGGCCGUUCGCAGAUGAUAGCUGGGGCCUAAAGUGAAAGUCCGACAAUGUUUAAUGAUACUACCAUAUUCGACACAGAGUGACGG